AUGGCCAAUCAAGCCUUUCCAGUCUCUAAAACCAACAGACGUUCCUUCUUUGCUUGCAUCGCAGAUUACGAUAUCUUCAUUGAAGUCGAUGGGAAUGGCCCACACAUGAUCAUGACGCACGGUUUAGGUGCAAACACUACCGUUUUCGGGCCACUUCAGGAAAUCUUUGCGACCGAUUAUACGGUCGUGCGCAUUGAUUGGCCGGGGCUUGGUAAUAGUGGCCUUAAUAAAAGCGGAGCCAUGAUCAGCAUGCCGUCCCUCGUCGAGGUUUUGGAGGGCGUCAUGGACGUACUCGAGAUUCGAGGCGCGAUUUUAGUCGGCCAUAGCUUGGGUGGAGUUGUAAGCAUGAUGUUGGCUGCGAAAAGUCCAACAAGGGUGCAUGGUCUUGCUGUUAUUGGGGCUGGCAGGACGCGGGCAACGCAGUCAGACUCGAAAGUUUUCACGCUAAACCUCGCACGUCAAGCAAGAAGACAGGGCCUACAAGAAAUGGUCGAUGAUUUGGUCACGUUCAACAUACCAUUCUCGAGUCCCCGCCUGGCCAGGGCAUUACUCCGAUCAGUCACCACCUCAUCUAAGCCCGAAGGAUACGCACAAAUAUGCGAAGCGCUUUGCGACGAGUCUCACCGAGACCCAGACUACUCUCGGAUCGUUUGCCCAGCCUGCGUCAUUGGUGGGCAACACGACAACGUCUCUCCAAUUAAUAUUACCGAGGACCUCGUUGAAUUGAUAGCGGGGAGUGGAAAGCGCCCAACAUGUCAUAUUUUGAACACAGGUCACAUGAUGAUCAUCGAAGACGUAGAAGGAACGGCCGCAGCUAUCCGAAAAAUGCUGGAGGGGAUCGACCGAACAGAACGUGAAUGA